CAGAGUGUCACACUGCCCCUCCCGCCCUCCGCCCGGAGUGGGGGCGUGGAGCGCGGGAGGGCGGGCUUCUCCGCCAGCCUCACAGCACCCGGAGCGCACUGGCCUCCUGAGAAGGGCUCAUAGCGCGCAUCCAGGAGCCCGCAGCCGGCCGCCGUCUGCCCUGGUGCCCGGGGCGGCUGCAGGGUUCCUGGAGAGCGCGUCCAGCCAUGGAGCCUUUGCACAAAGACGCCGAGACGGCGGCGGCGGCGGCGGCUGUGGCAGCGGCAGAUCCCCGGGGGGCAUCGUCGUCCAGCGGAGUGGUCGUGCAGGUUCGCGAGAAGAAGGGGCCCCUGCGCGCCGCCAUCCCCUACAUGCCCUUCCCGGUGGCUGUCAUCUGUCUCUUCCUCAACACUUUCGUGCCGGGAUUGGGUACAUUCGUCUCGGCCUUCACUGUGCUGUGUGGGGCACGCACCGACCUCCCGGACAGGCAUGUGUGCUGUGUCUUCUGGCUGAAUAUCGCUGCAGCCCUCAUUCAGGUGCUCACGGCCAUCGUUAUGGUGGGCUGGAUCAUGAGCAUCUUCUGGGGCAUGGACAUGGUCAUCCUUGCCAUCUCCCAAGGGUACAAGGAUCAGGGUAUCCCACAACAGCUGUGAGCCUACGGGACCUGCGGGGGAAGUCCAGGGUCCUGUGAGGGCCACGCCAGGUGGCUCCAGGCACAAGGACCUUCACAUAUUCUCUUCUGCCAUUUCUCAGAUUGGGGUAGAAAGGGAGUACUUACAAAACAUUAUUUAUUUUGGGAAACACACCUGCUUUUCUUAGCAGGCUCCGAGGCUAACUUCUCUCCCUGCUCCAGAGUGCACGGGAGGAACAGGCCCAGAACAUCAGACUGGGCUAGAGGCAGGAUAGUGACAGUGCCAGGGAUACUGGGCAUGCUUAUCCAACUAUACACUGAAUAGGCACCAAGACCUGUCAGGCUGGGCUGCUGUAGGUCCCAUGCAGGUGAUCAGUCACUCUCCUAGGCGUCAGGACUUCGCAGAACACUUCCUCUGGAUCCUCACGCCCUGCUCGACCACAUGGUUCCCUGUAUUUGCUCGGUGGUCUCCCAAGGGCAGUGUCAGGGUGGGGGUUGCCAGUGUGGAAAGGCCAGGUGAUAGCCCAGUGUGUAAAAAAUUCUUGGGUUCCCCCAGGAGUCUGAUAACACCCCAGUGUUCGAGUUGUUGGGUGUGACUUUGUGACUUGACUGGGGGUAGGGGGGAGGUGGCACCCACUCUACUUCUGGAAUGUUACUGCUAGCAUCUGGAUGCUUAUAUGCAAAAUGAACAGACCAAGUUAUGAAUGGCUGCAGACCAGCAGCCCUCUUGGAUAUAUUUACUAUGGUCUUUGGUCCCCUCUCCUUUUUUCCCCCCCUGACAUGCACGUGUUUCUGAAUCCAGAUGGUUUGUUUUGAGGAAGAUGAUGGAAUCCAUUCGUUACUGUUUCUUGACAUCCCAGUGGAGUCUGGGCUUCCCACCCACCGCCAAACACGUGGAUAUCACUAGAGAAUCCUGUGAAUAGUCAGAUGCACUGGAACUCAUGAAAUGUAAAUAGCCUUGCCCAAGCAAGUCCUGGGGGAGUUGGCUACUGGACUGCAUUUGAACCGUGAGACCUGCAGAGUGACAUCAUCAGGUUGGGGACUUUGACCUGAAGUUCAUGCGUGCUGCAAGAAGACGCAUCGUGAGGCUGAAGUUGUUGGCGUGGCAUGUGCCCCUUUAAGCAGCAAACCUGGGACUGAUCAGUACAGAGCCAGAUCCUUACUAGGCACAGAAAACAUCAGGAAGUGGGAAGGUACCGAUAUGAAAUUAAGAGAAAGGCCGACUCAAACUGAUGGUGAUGGGGUGGCUACUUACAUCUCUCUCCAUCUCAUUCUAACGUAGGAAGAGCUAACAUGUGGGACAGACCCAGGGCUCAGUUCCCGGUCAUGCUGGCCUUGAGCCAUCAGUGGGUCCCUCAUCGUCUGCCUGAAACUCUGUCACAGUGUGGCCGGGGCUAAAGAAAGGAGCCGUCCACUUUCUGCCUUGGUGGAUGGAGGCUCUUGAAAAGCAGCUCCUGUUUCUCUGGGGUUCCAAGACCCCACCCCACCCCACCCCACCAGCCUUCUUAUUUGCAAUCUUUAGAAGUCCCUGACAUCAUGAAGAGAUGGAGACCCAUGACGUACUCAUUUCUGGCCCUGACUCUGGGCUGGCUCACCUGUCCUACCCUGUGUCUAUCCAUCAGUUUCUUCCAAGGCUGUGUGGGAACGAGUUGUACCUUUGGAACACCUGCCAAGGGGUCUAGUUCUUCCUGUG